CGCCGCAGUCAAUCAGCUGUUGAGGCGACUGCAGAAGGGUAGCUCAUCUGUCAUAUCAAAACCCAGGCGAGACAAACAGAAAUAGCCUUAUUUACAGAAUCCCAAAAGGUGAACGAUAAGCUCAAAACAUGCAGGAUGAUUUACUGAUGGACAAAAGCAAAGCUCAGCCUCACCAGCACCAAGAGCCGUCAAAUACAGAGCCUCCAUCCACCACCCCGACCCCCUCCGAGCCUCCGGUGCUGGACGAGCAGAACCACGUCGGUCACUCCGAGCGGCUCGCCAUGGAGUCUCCGGUGUUACCGGGUCUGAGUUUCCCGCAGGAUUCCUCCCUCUCGCCGUCGUUCGGCAGCACUUGGUCCACCAACACCGUAGACGAAGGCUUUUUCCAAGGGAUUCCGUCGGUGAACGGGACGAUGCUUUUUCAAAACUUUCCCCAUCACGUCAACCCGGUGUUCGGAGGUAAUUUUUCCCCGCAGAUGAGAAGGUCUCCGCUGAGUGUGAACCAGAGGAACCCCUACAGCCACCAGACCCUCAUCAAUAAAGUGUCUGCGUCGUCCGCGUCUUCGUCCGCCUGGAAUAACCAUCAGAACGCGGUGUGGAGCUCCGCGGCGAACCCCUGGAGCGGCAGAGACCCGCGGAGAGCGCUCGGGCUCGGGCUGGGCGUCCCGUCUCAGCUCAACCCCAUCUCCCCGACGAAGAAGCCCUUCCCGAGCAAUGUCAUCGCGCCCCCGAAAUACCAGAGACCCGGAGCCCUGCAGAAACCCUGGAUGAUCUCAGAGCCUCCGGAGCCCUUCAGAACCGACAACAGCAACAACAUGCUGCCAUUUCAGGAACGGAAUCGACCCUUUGACCCAUUCAACUUGCAAACUUUGGAGAAUUCCUUAAUGGACAUGAUUGGAACAAACCAUGACAAAGGUAAACAUCACCCUGCUGCUGGCCCUCCAAUGACUAUCGCUGAUAUUAUAUGGAGGAAUCAUUUUGCAGGUCGCAUGGGUCUCAACUUUCACCAUCCAGUAGCUGAACAUAUAUUACCACUGAACUCCAGGAGCUAUGGUCGCAGAAGAGGUCGCUCUUCACUGUUUCCUUUUGAGGACGGCUUCCUGGACGACGGUCAUGGAGAUCAGUCGCUGACCCCUGGCCUGAGCUCCCCCACCCGCUGUCAGAACGGAGAGAGGAUGGAGCGCUACUCCAGAAAGGUGUUUGUCGGUGGACUGCCACCUGACAUCGAUGAAGAUGAGAUCACCAACAGUUUCCGUCGCUACGGUCACCUGGUGGUGGACUGGCCUCAUAAAGCAGAGAGCAAAUCCUAUUUUCCCCCUAAAGGUUAUGCCUUCCUGCUCUUCCAGGAGGAGAGUUCAGUCCAGGCCCUCAUUGACGCCUGCAUCGAGGAGGACGGGAAACUCUACCUGUGUGUCUCGAGCCCCACUAUUAAAGAUAAACCAGUCCAGAUUCGCCCGUGGAACCUGAGUGACAGUGAUUUCGUGAUGGAUGGAUCGCAGCCUCUUGACCCACGCAAGACCAUUUUUGUGGGAGGCGUUCCACGACCUCUACGAGCAGUGGAGCUGGCUAUGAUCAUGGACAGACUGUAUGGAGGUGUGUGUUACGCCGGCAUUGACACUGAUCCAGAACUUAAAUACCCUAAAGGUGCGGGCCGAGUGGCCUUCUCCAAUCAGCAGAGCUACAUCGCUGCCAUCAGUGCCCGAUUUGUCCAGUUGCAGCAUAAUGACAUUGACAAACGGGUGGAGGUGAAACCAUACGUGCUGGAUGAUCAGAUGUGCGAUGAAUGUCAGGGCGCUCGCUGCGGAGGAAAGUUCGCUCCUUUUUUCUGUGCCAACGUCACCUGUCUGCAGUAUUACUGUGAGUACUGCUGGGCGAGCAUCCACUCACGCGCCGGCCGCGAGUUCCACAAACCGCUGGUGAAGGAAGGCGGAGAUCGACCUCGGCACGUGUCCUUCCACUGGAGCUGAUGGCAAGCGCCACAUCACCCUCUCCACCCACCAAACCACACACGGAUCUCCCCUCUCAUUUUUAGAAAACAAACAUCAUGAUAUCUCUGUCCACUAUAUUCUCUGCUUACAAACACUUAGGAAAAUAUAAAAUUUGAGUCUGCGUGCUCAAACGUUGCACUUUGGCACAAACAGUCGAUGUUAACGCUUAUCAGGAUGUUGUGCUUUAAUUCUCUCAUUAUCCUUCGUUUGAUCGGUUUAGUGCUCCAUAUAGGUAACAUUAGGCAGUGUGAGACUACAUAUAUAAUAUAUACAGUACAUUUACAAAAAGGAUAUAUUUUAAGUUUAUAUUUAUCUAUAUACACAUAGAUAAUACAUUUUGGGUGUCCGACUUUUUAAAGGAGCAUGCACUUAUUGUGAAAACAGAGUGGUAGGAAAUUCCCCCCUAGAUGAUGACAAAAAAAGUUACCAAAGGUAAAAUGAAUUCACUAAGAAAAUCUCGUUUAAGUGAGCUGUUAAAAACACACACACACACACACACACACACACACACACACACACAGAGUUAUUAGAGUAAAACGCCAUUUGCUUUCCAUGUUGAAAUGAAUAGUAAUACCUGCAUGCAUACAUCUCUUUCUGUUCGCUUCAGUUUUUUAGGCUUAAUUUUUUACGAGUUUUUUAGUAUUAACUACAUGCUGCAUAAUAGCUUUUGCUGCUAAAUCCAUGUUAUGAGUCCACACGGUCAUACGUUAUUCAGGCGAACGAGUCUGCGUCUGCACCGGAACAGCAUGUUAAUGAGUCUGCGAUGCAUGCUGUAAAAUCGGGUCUCACUUUCAUUUCCCCCACGAUGGACGAGCAUUAUAUAUAUAUCACUAUGGAUGCUUAUUUCCACCACAGAAUAAAAAAAGGUAAUGGUGUCUUUUUGUUUCACAAAUCUGACUUGCGAGGGGGAGAAAAAAGUCCAAAUUGUGAAAGAUAAACUCAGAAUUGUGAGGGGUAAAAUGUUCUUGAGUUUCAACUGGGAGAGGAAAAAGUCAGAAUUGUGAGAUAAAAUGCUGCAAUUACCUGUUUAUAUAUUUUUUUAUGAAUUUAAUUUAUUAUUUUAUUUUUGCAAUUGUGAGUUUAUAUCAUGAAAAACGUCAGAAUUCUGUCACAAUUUGGAAUUCUUUCCUCAAAAUUUUGAGGCAGGGAAAAAAAUAAAAAUGUUUUUAUAUUAUUUUUUGUUAUUCCGUGGUGGAAACCCGCAGCUCACAAGCUCACACAAGCUACAAUUACAAGUUAAUAAUUGUAGGAUCUUCUAGCGAAAUGUCUUUAACAGCUGAAGUAAUUUUUUGCAGUGAUUGUUCAUAGAAUUGUGCAAUUUUUAUACACUUAUGUAGUUCACUUAGACGACGCCUAGAACUGUGAUUCGCUUUAACUGUUAUUGAUGUCUGACAUGGAACGUCCUGUGAAACAUACGGUCCCUUCUCUCCACGGAUCUCGCACACUUCUGCUAGUUAGCCCACGACACGCGUCGCAUCAGUACCAAAGAGCUGUCCGACUCGAAAUGACCAAUAACACUACGUUGCACGCCGACGAUUCACAAAACUGUGUCCGAGCGGUGACUCUGGGAGAAUAAGCGAACACUGGCUCUAAAUCACUAACCUAACUUUGAGAUACGGCGAGCGGAAUUACCUCACGUAGCCGCAGCAUUUAUAUCCAGAUUAUCCAGCAAAGCUUGAAGUAGAAUCAUGUCGACGGUGGAGUUUAGAGAUGGUGGAGAGGAACGCGAAGAAACGCGUCUUGGCUGCUUAUCCGAGAGUCGAAAACAGUCAACUUUAGGUUGGCACGUUCAGUCGGGAAAAAAGUCAAAUGCAAACACUACUUUUGUACCGAUGGAGAAUAUAGGAUUGUGGGUAACCCUGAUCCCGACGAUGGCGAAUUCUGGGUGUGUUUGUGAUGUUCUUUCCCUGCCCAGAUUUUUCUGUUUGUUCCUUCUGUGUAGUAGAUAAUAUUUGUUAUGCACUACUCUUUGUAUCUGGAUGGUUGAACAGUCAGUGGUUUUUUUCUUUUCUUUUUUUCCUUUUUUAAUAGAAAAAUAAUUGUGCUUUCUGACUGACGUAAUCUUUUGCAAUACCUCAAUUUUGAAAUAUAAUACGAGAGAGAUUGAUAUUUUCUAAGUUUAUUCAAAUAAAGACUAUAUAUAUAUUAAUUUAAUUCUGCUAGAGAGAAAAAAAAAGAUUUAACAGAUGCUUAAUUUUAUUUUUGUCAUGCUUAUUUGCUUUUAAUUUUAUUUUUGGAAAAAAAUGAAAAACAAAAACAACUGAAGGAGUUAGAGUAUUAUUAUUAUUAUUUUAAUACUGUAGGAAGCUGAAGUACAGCCACUGCGACAUCACAGUGUUCCUCAAACAAACAUCUGAUCUUAUUACUAUUAUAAUAUAUAGGCCUAUAUAUAUUCUAUAGGGUCAACAGACCAUUAUAAAGUCAACUGAACAUACAGUACUACUUGGGUUUUGAUAGAUUUACAAUCAGACCUUUACUAUGCUGAUCAGAGUUGUGAAAUCUUCUGUUCGUUAUAUUUUUAUGUUUUUGUGAAAUUAUGUGUUCCCCUUUUGUUUUGUAAACUGCACACACCCGGAUUUGUUAACCUUACAUCAUUUAAGAAUGACAAAUUUUUUUUUAUGAUUUUUGGCAAGAUGGAAACUGAAAAAAUAUUAAACGUUUCAACUUUAACUUGAUGGAAAGCCCCAGAUGCGUCAUUGAUGUGGUGGCCUUCUACUCACCCAAGACUUGAACUAGUCCCUUUUUUUAAAGGCUGAGAACCUUGAUUUUUUGUUGUAAUGUGCAAUACUGUUUGUACUGUUUGUAAAAAAAAAGAAAAGAAGAAAAAAAACUGAAAAAGGCAUAAAUCUUUAUUGCAGAUUUAUUUUCAUUGCGAGCAUUGUGAUUCACUAAAAUCAUUUUUUACUGUGUAUUUUACUCGACGUGCUAGUACCUUCCAGUAGUAAUGUAGCCUUUGUACUGAGAAUUUUUUUCAUUAUUUUUUAGAGAUUUUUUUGCAACAACAACAAAAAAAAUUAAACAUAUUUUACAUUAUUUUUAUUUGUGUUUUCUUUACACACUUAUUCCUCAACCAUUAAUGUUAGCUAUUUCUGGGCGAGAUUUUCAAAUCUGAUCAAUGUCGUUAAUAUUAAUUUGUAUUUUUAUGUGGAAUAAAUUAUAAAUUAAUUCUUAAUUUUUUUUUUUAAGGUAAAAACUUUGUAAUAUUGUUACUAAAAUGUCUAGAUUUUUGAAAUGCAAAGCUUGUCGCUUACAUCAGUGUGAUUGGGGGAAAAAUUGCACAUGAAAAUUAACAGCAAUCAUGCUUCGUAAUAUAAUGUGAUUAAAAUGUAACAAUGAAUGGGCAAUAAAAAUAACGGCAGAAUGGAGCAAAUGUGAGGUGGUUGUGUUGAAACCCAGUCAAGACGGAUAUAAUCAUGAGUUCUGAUGCUGCUGACGCUCUGCAGCUCCGCUUUCACAGUCACAAUACAGUCUGUGUGUAUUUAACUGAGUGACAUGAUGUUUCCCAGAAUGCAUUUUAUUUAUGAGCAGUGUAGUGGCUAGAUUUCAUGAAGUCAUGGUAACAGACUCUCAAGCACUGUUGAAACACAAACAUGAAUAUUCACUUGACUUAUGACUCCUUUAAAACGUACCUCAUUUUCUUUCAAACCAUCUUUGUCUUAAGCUUUUCCUAUAUUGCUGCCAUUUAAAUCCUUUGAUAAGCUGUGCUGUAUAGUUAUAAGAUGUUUAGUGACACUUUUACAAAACAACAACAAUUGUCUAAUAUCUAGUUGGCUCAUUUUGGCUUGUGGUUUUUCUCUUCUACCACACUUUUAGCUCCAUUUGUCAUUUUUAAAAAUGAUUCAAAACCUACCGUACUUUUCCCCAAUGCAGUUAAACGUUUAAUUUCAUAUUUCACAUCUGGUUCCAUCUUCACAAGGCUUUGAGAUUGUUAACUUGGACCUCUGCUUGUCUAACUUUGCAGUAAAACUGUGAUUAAAGGGUUUUUUUUGGAUAAAAAGCGCAAUGCUGCUAAUGCUUAAAAGCUUUUCUCACCUUCAUGAUUUUUCCCUUUUCUGUACUAAAGCAAAUCUUAUUAAAAUGUAAUUGUAUGA